CGGACAUCAGCUCGUGUCCUGCGCUCUGAUCCUCUCGGGAAUCCGCGGAUCUGAUGGGACAUUUAAGGAUGUUUUUCCCUGAUGUCUCAUAUUCACUGCUGUUGUUGGGAAUCUCGUGUCUGACCGGCUUCACCAGGACUUCGCAGGACUUCUCAGGUUAUCUAUCCCGUGUGCUGAGGAAUUACACCGAACAGGCGUGUGACGGAGAAUUCCUGACUUUUCGCUGCCCGCCCAGAACCUCCAUCACCGUCCAAUCAGCUUUCUACGGCAGAGCAGACUCCGCCCAAUCACCUCAGUGCCCCUCCCCUUACAUCAGCGCUGGAACACACAUAGUGAACGACUUCACUUCCUGUCAUGUGUCAACAUCCUUGCAGAAAAUGCUGGAUGAAUGUGAGGACAGACGGAGAUGUCAGGUUCUCGUCAACAGUCGUUUGUUUGGGACGGACCCCUGCCCGAACAUCAGCAAAUACCUCAGUGUGCGCUACAAGUGCAGGCCGAAUGAGUACAAGAGUAAGGUGGUGUGUGAAGGAGAGCGUCUGCGGUUGGGAUGUAAGACAGGGAUGCAGAUCGCGGUUUAUUCUGCCAUGUUUGGCCGCACACAGCAGGGCACGCUGGAGUGUCCUCCACACCACCAGAGGGUGCCAUCUGUCGACUGCUCGUCAGAUGUGGCUCUGCAGGUGAUGACAUCACGUUGCCAGGGGAAACGCUCCUGUGUGGUUCGCGCCUCCACUCAGGAGUUUGGAGAUCCCUGUUAUCGCGGCACCCGCAAAUACCUCAGCGUCAUACACACCUGUGUUCCAAAGAAGCUUGUGCAGGAGUCGGUUUCCAGGCAUCCAUCAUUCCCGUCUCCUCCAUCUGUGCCUCAUGACCCAAACGUGGUGGGAGACAGUGCUCCUCCUGACGGGACCCCGUCUCUGACCUCCGACUCUGCUCCAGGGAGGUCGACGCGAGGCCGGAGCUCUGGUCCAUCUUCAGAAGAAGCAGAUCGGACUGGAAAAUUGGAUCCAAACCCGACCAUUUCCAGCGUCAUCAGACCAACUAUGAGUCUCAUCAGCAGCCUGCUGGCGGCAUACACCUACAUCACAGAGCACCCAGAGCGAUGUGCGCUGUACUUCAUGUGCGGUGUGUGUGCCGGUCUGUUCCUGACGCUGUUUGCACUGGUGGUUCAGAUCUCCUGCCGUAUGGACUGUAAACCUCGUCACGGCGCUGCUAAAAGCCCGAGAGCUGUGGACUCAGACAGCGACACCACUGACUCUGAUUCAGACUGGGACACCGGCUCGGACCUGUCAGCUCGACGGCACCGGCGCUUCGAGCGAACGCUAAACACGAAUGUUUUCACAUCGGCGGAAGAGCUGGAGCGAGCGCAGAGACUGGAGGAGAGAGAGCGCAUCAUACGAGAAAUCUGGAUGAACGGACAGCCGGAUGUCCCGGGAACACGGAGCCUUAAUCGUUACUAUUAGAAGCAAUGCC